AUGGAGGCACGGAAGACUAGUCGACAGCCUCAACGCCCUCAGCCAAGUCCAGUCCAAAUAGAGCCAGGCAAAGCCAGCAGAUCUUUACCCUUCAUACACAAAUUUCUACCACCCAUACCCCCGAAACAUCCAGGACGACUAUCCCAAAAUCAAGAACGACGAAUCUUACCACUGGCUGGACCAGCUCACACAUACCAUCAAAAUCCUCCAAAAUCCAAGGCGACAGAAGACAGCGCACUUCCACAGCCUCCAACAUCACCAGUACCCUACCUCUCACCCCAAGCGUAUCGACUCUUCAACUUCUCCCCUCUCUUACCGAAGAACGAAAAAGUGAUACACCGACAACCACUAGGUCUCAACAUCCAAAAGAAAUACCUAGAUCAAACGCCAAAUACCUUUUUCAUUUUGGAAUUACAAGAUACGAUUAACCGCACCUACGGUACGGAUUUCGACAUGUCUCAGAUUACAUCUUUGGCGAGAGAUGCUGAAGAGAGGGGAAACCUGGUGGAGGUGAGGCCAUGGGUUUACCAAUUUGAUGUUGCGGAUCAGCAGGAGAAGAUGGCGAGGUAUAUUAAGGAGAGGGCGCAGAGGAAGAGGCAUGAAGGCGCGGAUGGCAAGGCUGUUUGGUUUUAA